AUGUUUCGCAAGUUAAUAGGCGUAUACAUUAUUCUAGGGUUAGUUUCGGUGUCAGUUUUUACGCUUACAAUUAACAAUGAAUUAGAUGAAUUGGAUGAAGAUAUGGAAGAAUACAGCGAAAGGAAGGGCAAAAUAUUGUUUCCGUUCGUGAGUAUCGUUCGGUUCGCGAACACAGACUGCGCGAACACGAACGUAAUGAACGGAACAUGCCUGGCCCGCCGCGAGUGUAACAAUCUGGGUGGAACCAUCACUGGCACGUGUGCCAACAGGAGAGGCAGGUGCUGCGUAGUUUCUAGAGGCUGCGGUACCACAACAAACGUCAACAAUACUUACUUCUCGAGCCCUGGUUACCCUGCGGCGUUCGGCGGCGGUGCCGCGUGCUCAAUUAUUGUUAAUCGGUGUAACAACAACGUUUGCCAGCUCCGGAUAGAUUUUUUGGACAUGGUGUUGGCACAACCAAACGGCGAUGGUAAUUGCGUAACUGACGCCAUCACAAUAACGGGGGGCAACACUGUUGUUCCCGUGAUCUGUGGAGAUAACACCGGUCAAACUAUAUAUGUGGAUUUCAACGGGAAUGCUGCUAUCACGAUCAGUAUCGCUGCGACUCCCGCUACUGCCUUUAGAAGGAGAUGGAACAUAAGGCUUGUGCAACUGGGCUGUGACUGUCCUGGUAUAGCACCAAAUGGAUGUCUGCAGUACUACAGAGGUGCAACCGGAACAAUAAACAGUUUCAACUACGGCGGUACAGCGAACACAGGCUUGAGUGCGUCGCUGGUGACUGGUACACGGCAACUAGCCAAUUUAAACUACGGCAUCUGCAUUCGGAUGGAAGCCGGCUUUUGUGCUAUCCAGUACGCCCAGAAUGGAGGUCUAUUCACUUUCACGGUAAGCGGCGACGUGGAGGGAGCAGAUAACACAGUUUUGGGAACAGCGGUUGGCGCGGCCAACGACGGAGCUUGUACUACAGAUUUUGUGGUCAUCCCUAACCCGACAGUCGUUGCAACGGGCGUUGCCGUCGGCACAGAUCGGUUCUGUGGCCUCGGCUUCGUCCCCGUGAGCUCUGCAGCGAAACCCUUCGUUUUGUAUGUGGUAACAAAUGGAGAUGAAGGUGCUACGAUUAAUUCACCGCCAGACGUAGCAAACAGAGGAUUCUCUUUAGCAUAUACACAGAUAGCUUGUUAA